AUGAUUGCAGUGGAUCAUCACAGCUUCGCUGGCAACUUUUCUCUGAACCCCACCUCCCUGGCUGCUGCGGAGAUGCUGACGGAGCAAUACCCCAACGACGACCUGGUGUACGACCACCUGGCCUUCCGCACGCUGGGCGUGCCUGGGCUGGGCAUCGAUUCGCUGGCGCCCACCUUCCUGGAGCUGGGCUGGCGGGCGCGCGACGAGCUGCGCUUCCCGGCCAAGAAGCUGCGUGCGCGCUGGUUCGCGCCGCCCUGCCCCUCCCUGCCCCGCAUCUUCAUCUCCGAGCUGCUGGUGGGGGAGGUGGACGCCGCCGCACGCGAGGCCAUCGCCGCCACGCUGGGCGCCACGCCGCGCACUCUGCUGGCGCGGCACUCGCUGCUGGCCGCCGCGGGAGGCGGCACGCCCUGGCCCGCACCCUCCCGCGCGCAGUACGCGGCGGUGGCCGCCGAGAGCGAGUACGGGGCCUGGGUGCUCGCCAACGGCGCGGCCCUGAACCACACCACGCUCUCUGUGCAUGCCAUGCGGGACGUGGCGGGGCUGGACGACCUCAUCGGCCGCCUGCAGGGCGCCGGCUUUGCGCUGAACGCAGAGGGCGGCGCGGUCAAGGUGUCCCCAGACGGCCUGCUGCGCCAGGCCUCCACGCGCGCCGACGCGCGCCUGUUUUCUUUCUCCUGCGGGGCCUCCGCGCUGGUGCCCACCUCCUACAUCGAGUUCGCGGAGCGGCUGGUCCUGCCCGAGUUCCAGGGGCUGGCGGAGGACCAGGUCCAGGAGCACCACCGCCGCGAGGGGUUUGAGGUGGGUAACGCAGACAAGAUUUUUGAGAGCACCUACUCCUCCAAAGCGGCCUGA